GCAAGAUGGCCGACACGAUGGCCACUGCGGGGGCUGGCAGCUCCGGAACGAGAUCAGGAGGUAAACAGUCCACUAACCCUGCUGACAAUUACCAUCUGGCCCGGAGGCGAACCCUGCAAGUAGUUGUGAGCUCCUUGCUGACAGAGGCGGGGUUUGAGAGUGCUGAGAAAGCAUCGGUGGAAACAUUGACAGAGAUGCUACAGAGCUACAUUUCAGAAAUUGGGAGGAGUGCCAAGUCUUACUGUGAGCACACAGCCAGGACCCAGCCCACGCUGUCAGACAUUGUGGUCACUCUUGUCGAGAUGGGUUUCAACGUGGACACUCUCCCUGCUUAUGCAAAACGGUCUCAGAGGAUGGUCAUUACUGCCCCUCCAGUGACCAAUCAGCCAGUGACCCCCAAGGCUCUGACUGCAGGGCAGAACCGACCCCACCCGCCGCACAUCCCCAGCCAUUUUCCUGAGUUCCCCGACCCGCACACCUACAUCAAAACUCCGACAUACCGCGAGCCUGUGUCUGACUACCAAGUCCUGCGGGAGAAGGCUGCAUCCCAAAGACGUGACGUGGAGCGGGCACUCACCCGUUUUAUGGCCAAGACAGGCGAGACCCAGAGUCUUUUCAAAGAUGACGUCAGCACGUUUCCAUUGAUUGCUGCCAGACCUUUCACCAUCCCCUACCUGACAGCUCUUCUUCCAUCUGAACUGGAGAUGCAACAAAUGGAAGAGACAGAUUCCUCGGAGCAGGAUGAGCAGACAGACACAGAGAACAUCCCUCUUCAUAUCAGCACGGAUGACUCUGGAGCCGAGAAGGAGAACACCUCUGUCCUGCAGCAGAACUCCUCCUUGUCAGGGAGCCGGAACGGGGAGGAGAGCCUCAUCGAUAACCCCUACCUGCGCCCCGUGAAGAAACCCAAGAUCCGCAGGAAGAAGCUAUCCUGGUCCCUUUUAUUGACUCACAAUCAAUGUGUAGCACCAGUUUAUCACUCUAGAACCUCAUUCUUAUUUCUCUUCUCACCUGGCCUCCAAGUGCCCUGCUGAGAUGACCGAAGGUGACUUUGCCUUCCCACAUGUCACUCCUUGACCUGGGCCAGCAGGAGUCUGGAGGAGUGAGCAGGUGUGUCACGUGGAGGAGGGUGAUGCAUAACAGCACACCAACUCUCUCAUCGCAUUUGGUGAACUCUUCCUACAAGGCAGCGCUCUCUCGUGAGAGAUUGGUGUUUAUUGUCCCUCUGUGGAAUGUGUGCUUUGGGACGACUGAGUCCUGCCCCAUCCAGGAAAAGAGUUUUCUCUGACAAGAGCCUCUGCAUGGUAUAUUAUGCUGUGACUUGCUGGAGGAAUCCGACCUUAAACAGCAGGAAAGGGAUUGGGGCAGGCGCGGAGAUCUUGAGGGCUGGAUGGCCUUGUUUGCUGAGAGCUGAGAGCCUGGUGGGUCUGCUGGAAGCCGGCACAGAAGGAAGCCAUGCGGUGGAAACCGGUGGGCCAGGCCAAGGAGUUCUUCCAGAAGCAGAUCUGAAUCUGUUCAACCUCUUUGCAUCCUGGGGAGAGAUUUCAUCCUUCCUGAACCCUACAGAUCAAAACACAAGUGUUUAAGGAAGAUGGUGGACAAGCUGAUACCCUUCAGCUGGUCUCUGAAAGAAGAGAUUUAAAAACCAAGUCUAAGGAAGAAAAAUGCCAGUGAGCCUAGAAGUUUACACAGUAGCAAUGAGGAGUCCCUGGAAUUGUAUUGAAUUUUUCUUAUACUUGGCUUCCACAGUCAUCUC